AGGGAGAGACAGCUGGACCAGGGAGAAAGAGAAUCAGUGAGGCAGGGGAAAAGUCAGGAAGGUGAACCAGAGCAAAUGUUUGUGAACAACAGUGAUUACUGAAUGUGGCAAAUCAGGCAGCUCUGCGGACAGGAAAGACACAUUCGUCCUCUCUCAUUUACUCCAAGUCAUCCUCAAUAAUCUAGUGUUCAUCCAGAGUCAUCUGAAGAUGACACUGAAGAUGAGGACAUCAUCUGUACUCAUGGCUUCAGUUUUCGCAUCUCCUACACCAUCCAUCGUCCAGCAAAACCUGAAGAUCAACUUCUCUGAACAAACAAGUCCCUGGCUGAACAACAGCACGUGGCCACCCAUCAAAUCCUCAGGUUUAGGGAUGUCUUGCUUCACUAUGACAUUUGGCGCCAUCUCUAACCUCACAGCUCUGGGCAUCCUAGCUAAAUCCCGUGUCCGAUUCCGUCGCCAAUCCAGAGCAUCAUUUCUGUUACUAACAAUGGCUUUGCUUUUGGCUGACCUUGCAGGUCAUGUGAUUCCAGGCGCCUUUGCUUUGUAUAUGCACGUCAAUCAGAGGGAUAAAAUGCAGGGCAGGAAGCCUACUAAUGCAUUCUGUCAGAUCUUUGGGGCAAGUAUGGUGUUUUUUGGCUUAUGCCCUUUGCUGUUGGGUUGUGCGAUGGCAGUGGAGCGCUGUGUGGCCAUCACAAAGCCCUUUUUCCAUGCUGCUAUGAUCACAUUGGGUCACGUGUGGCGAGUUGUGUUACUUCUGCCCUCUCUUGCACUUGGGCUGGCAGUUCUACCUUUAUUUGCUGUGGGGACUUACACGAGCCAGUAUCCUGGGACAUGGUGUUUCUUGCCUAUCCAUGAUCCACAGUCUGCAGCUGACACCAGUCUGGUUCUGGCCUUCUCAUGUGUGGGUCUCGCUGCACUUGCUCUUUCCCUACUCUGCAACAUCAUGAGUUGUCUGGCAUUGCUGCAGGCCAGAAUUAAGUCCAAAAAUGUUAAAACUAAAUCAGCAGCCUGCUGCAGCACUCGUCGAGCAUCGACUUCUUCCUCUUUGUUUUGCUCGUUGGAUGUGGAGAUGAUGGUGCAACUGGCAGUGAUCACUGUGGUUUCCUGUGUAUGCUGGGGUCCCUUUCUUGUGAGUACUACUCCUUUAGAUUGCAGAAUUUGUUUCUAGAACUAUUUUCACCUGGUAUUUUCAAUAAUAUUGGACAUAGUAAACAUGGAUGGAUUACUGAGCGGGCAUACUGGGCACAAACCCAGGAGCCCAGAGUAUCAGGAGGCCCCCUGGCU